ACAAACGUGUCACUUCCGGUUCCGGUUGCGAGCACGCGAACCGGAAGCUAGCUCCAAACACACGUGAAAACUAUUUUGCCAAACAGACAGCCUACCCAAGAUGGAUGUCCAAGAGGUUCCCGUUAGUCAGAACAACACAAGUAAGAAAAAGAAGAACAAGAAGCCAAAGACUAAGCGCGUGAGUCCGGCGGGAAACCCAGGAGUCGAUGGAGUCGAGACGAAGGAGGACGUCAAGAUGGAGAAGAGCGAGGAAACUGUCUUCCCCCCCGCCUUCAGUGCGUCCGAAAUCAAGAAUAAACAGCGAAGACACGUUAUGUUCAUGAAAUACAAGCAGGAAAAAAGCAAGCUAAAGUUGAUGCUGAAGAAGAAGAAGAAAAAAGAAAGGGCAGCUUUAGGUGACAAGGCGCCGCCGAAAGAGGUCCCGAAGACGAUAGAAAACCAGAGGGUGUACGACGAGACCACAGUGGAUCCAGAAGAUGAAGAGAUUGCAUUUGACGAGGCAACUGAUGAGUUUUCUGCCUAUUUCAAUGGGUUGACAAACCCCAAAGUGCUCAUCACGACAUCAGACAGACCAAGAGGGAGGACGGUGAGGUUUUGUGAGCAGUUGGCCACAGUCGUCCCGGACGCCCAUGUCUACUACAGAAGAGGUUUGGCCCUGAAGAAGGUCAUUCCUCAGUGCGUCGCCAGGAACUUCACCUACCUGAUGGUCAUCAAUGAGGAUCGCAAAAUGCCCAAUGGUUUGGUUCUCUGUCAUCUUCCUGAUGGACCGACUGCACACUUCAAGAUCAGCAGUGUUCGGUUACGCAAGGAGAUGAAGAGACGGGGUAAAGAUCCUACAUUACACUCUCCAGAAGUUAUCCUCAACAACUUCACCACGCGUCUGGGUCACAGCAUCGGCCGGAUGUUUGCUGCCCUCUUUCCACAAGACCCUCAGUUUGUGGGUCGACAGGUCGCCACCUUCCACAACCAGAGAGACUUUGUCUUUUUCAGAUUUCACAGGUACAUCUUCAAGAAUGAGAAGAAAGUUGGUAUCCAAGAGCUGGGGCCUCGCUUCACUCUCAAACUGCGCUCUCUUCAGAAAGGCACCUUUGACUCAAAGUUUGGGGAGUAUGAGUGGGUCCUGAAGCGUCAUGAGAUGGAUGCCUGCAGACGAAAGUUCCAACUUUAAAUGCAAAAUAACAACCACCAUUUGUGAUCAGGCGAGGACAAAGGACAUCCAGAUUCUUUGUGGACGACGAGUUACCGGAUUACUUGACUUUUUUAUUAUCACAUCGAUGUAGAUUCGAACUCCCUCUGAAAACAACUUCUUUUAAGCUGCAUCGGCAGGCCAAGUGGAAACUGGGGCCAGUAGCUCAUCCCAAGGACUUAACUCCGUGUGUUAGAUGUGAGAGACCAGUCAGGAAGAGACACUCUACAGGAACCCUACUAUCCUCAAUACAAGUGUAUGUCACAGUUGUACUGGUGUGUGUGUGCACUUCCUUUUAAAUGUAUAUUUUCUUAGACUGUAUGAAUGUUAGUCAAAAUGAAUCCUGAUCAUAGCCUGGCAUGCAUACAGGCCUGUUACAUCCUGCUCUAUGUCAGAAGGAGUGACUUAAUUAUGAUAGUGUCUGAAAAUGGUUACACGGUUCAAAAUAUGUCUACAGUGCAGCAGCUUUGUAUUUGAUCGGAGUUCAAAAAUAAUUAUGGAUGAACCAUCAAACACAUUUAUAAAAUGUGUUGCUGUAGAUAUUGAUUGUGGAAAUACCAUUUAUUCUAAAUCAGGAAUGAAAAAUGUACCAUUCAGAAGGGACAUUUAUCUGUUAGUUACUUCAAAGCAAGUAGGCUAAGACUAAUAUUGUGCCCCAUAAGCACCAUGAAAUAUUUCUCUGAGAUUAUACAUAGGGCAAAGGAACAAGACAGUUGCACGUCUCCAAAUUGACUGAAG